CAGACCCCCUCAUUGACUUUCCUUGAAUCAUGAGAGAUGAAAUUGCAACAACAGUCUUCUUUGUCACAAGAUUAGUGAAAAAACAUGAUAAACUGAGUAAACAGCAAAUAGAAGACUUUGCAGAAAAGCUGAUGACAAUCUUGUUUGAAACAUACAGAAGUCACUGGCACUCUGAUCACCCUUCUAAAGGGCAAGCCUUCAGGUGUAUCAGGAUAAACAAUAAUCAGACUAAAGAUCCUAUUCUAGAAAGGGCUUGUGCCGAGAGUAAUGUGGAUUUUUCUCACCUGGGACUUCCAAAGGAGAUGACCAUAUGGGUAGAUCCCUUUGAAGUGUGCUGUAGGUAUGGUGAGAAAAAUCGUCCAUUUACAAUUGCUUCUUUCAAAGGCAGAUGGGAGGAAUGGGAAUUAUCCCAACAAAUCAGUGAUGCUGUAAAUAGAGCCAUGUUAGACUACUCCUCGGGCACUUCCUCUGAUGAGGAAAGUUGUAACAAGGAACCUCAGAUAAUUCCUAAAGUCAUCAAUCCAAAGAGUAUCUAUCAGGUUGAAAACUUGAAACAGCCCUUUCAAACUUGGUUCCAAAUGCCCCGCAAAAGGAAUAUGGUGGAUGGCCGGAUGGGCCUCCCGAGAAAUGCUUAUCAUGCGUUGCAUAAAACCCCUAAAGGUCACAGGCCCGCUGCUGUACACCGGGUGGACAGGUACCACUGGGUCAACACAAACCGAUAAGGCAGUGGCUGAGCACUCAGUGGGGCAGAGCUCAACAGAGCUACUUCAUAUUUUCUCUGAAACAAAAAUGAGUCUAAGGUUGAGAGGCCCGGGAAACAGAAAAAAUAACCACAUGAGGGACAAGGGUGCCUGUAGAUCAUGAUUGUGUUCUUAGCUGUGCUUUUAAUUCUUAUUUAAUUUUACAUGAAGUUUUAUGUAACCCUAGUGAAUGUAC